AUGAAGCGUCUCUUCCCCUUCCUAUCGUUAAGCUUCGUCGCACUUGUACUGGCAAGCGCCCGCAAUGACGAUGCACUGGUGACGCAUCUGCCUGGUCUGCACGCCCCAGCGCUCCCGUUCAAGCACUACAGCGGCCAUUUGGAGUUACAACAAGGCGAGCAGGAGCGACUGUUUUACUGGUACGCCGAGAGUCAGAACGAGCCAGCAGACGAUCCGAUUGUGCUGUGGCUCAAUGGCGGUCCCGGCUGCUCGUCCUUGGGUGGUUUCUUCACUGAGAACGGACCAUUUGUCGUCCAGUAUGAUCUGUCUGUUAAACUGAACCGGUACUCGUGGAACCGAAAGGUGAACAUGGUGUGGCUCGAGUCUCCUGCUGGCGUGGGCUUCAGUGGGGACGUUGAGGACCGAAGUUACUACAACGACACUGUGGUUGCAGCCAGAACGCGUGAGUUCCUCAGUCUCUUCUUCAGCAAGUUCAACGAGCUCGAGAACCGUGAGUUCUACAUUGCGGGCGAGAGCUACGCAGGUAUGUACAUCCCGUACCUUGUGGAUCUGUUGGUGGAGGAACCACUGGAAGGCGUGAACCUCAAGGGCUUUGCAAUCGGUAACCCGUUCACGGACAACCUUAUUGACGGCAACGCCUACGUCGAUUACUGCUACUCGCAUGCACUCGUGUCGCUCGAAGCUUAUGAGGAGAUCAAAGUACACUGUGGAGCGUAUAUCGGCUGUCUCUUUGACGAAACGCCCUGUCCAACCAAGUGUGAAGAGCUCCUGAAGAAGGCUGAAGCGGGAGCUGACGCAGAUGCGUUGAAUCCGUACUAUAUCUACGGUGACAAGUGUUUGCUGGAUAACACGCAGGCAAAGGCUCUGCGUAAGCGGGCCAAGCCGUUUAUGCAAGCGUCGCCCACACACCGCGGCGACAUUGGAGCUUGUGCAGAUUCACUUACUCGCGUGUACCUGAACCAACCGAAAGUGCAAGAAGCCAUCCAUGCAACGCAGCCAGGUGGCCAGCAUGUUGCGUGGACGGACUGCAGUGAUCCGGUUGGCGAGCUUUACCAGUCCAGCCCUUCGUCGCUGCCCAAGUACCGCAACAUUCUGGACCGCGAUCUCAAGGCGCUCGUCUACAGUGGCGACGCAGAUUCGGUCGUCAACUUUAUCGGCACAGAGCGCUGGAUUGGCGGUCAAGGACUCAAGUUGCGCAUUAAGACAAAGUGGCACGCUUGGUUUGGACCGGACAAGCAGUUGGCUGGCUAUGAGCAGCACUACGAGGGUCUCACGUUCAAGACCGUCAAGGGUGCUGGUCACAUGGUGCCAGCCGUCCGGCCGCUGCACGGUCUCCAUCUCUUUGAGUGUUUUGUGUUUGGCCAGAGCGCCUGCACUGAGUUUGUGUAUCCCGUUGACGACGAAGAGGUCGGCACUGGACUGACCGUGAUGCAGCAGCACGUUGACAUGACAGGUCCUCUCACUGGCGUCACUGGCGUCAACGACGAGUCUGGAUCAUCGUCGCUAAAAUGGCUAGCACUGCCUGGUGCAUGUGGGUUGGUCGUGGUACUAGUUGCUGUUGCCAUUCGAACUGCCAAGACACGCGGCAGCUUCCAGCGUCUGUACUCGAACGGCUACCAGACCGUCGCGUAA